GUGGUGGUGAGGAUCACCAGCCCCUUGGCCUGGCUCCGCACGCGCUUCUAUUACCUCCUCAUCCGCCUCUACUUCGACCAGGAGUUCAGCAUCGAGGAGUUCACGCGGGGGGCCAAGCAGGCCUUUUCUGUUGUUUCAAAGCUGCUAUCUCAGCAUAAACUUGACCUGCUGGAUGAGCUUGUGUCAGCAGAGGUACUUCAGGUGUUGAAGGAAAAGAUUUCUUUGCUCCCUGACAACCACAGAGAUGCUUUAGCAGCUGACCUUGAUGCAAUUAUGUACACAACAGAAGGAGACGUUCGCAUUUACUAUGAUGAUGAUGGAAGAAAGUUUGUUAGGAUCCUCAUGCGUUUCUGGUAUCUGAAUGGUGCUAACCUACCUGAUGAAGUACCAGGUGAAACCAAAGUUUUCCAGAUUGUGUUUGGAGAUGAAAGCACAAAAGAAAAAAGACAUCUUUUAACAGCAAACUAUGAGUUCCAAAGGGAAUUUACAGAAGGAGCAAAACCAGACUGGACAAUUACACGAAUUGAACAUCCAAGGCUAUUAGAAUAAAUAUCUUCUACAGCCUUUUUAAGUACCAUUGUAAAUGUUCUGAUGUAACAAAUACUAGGCUCUUUUCUGGGUUCUUUUUUCCCUUCCUGCCGUCUCCUCUGAAAGAGGGAUGAAUUUUGUAUGUUUGAUUUCCCAAAACUGUUUCUGAAACUUACACUGUGCUGCAGCUUACAAUAAAGCCUUUUGCCUGGAACAGCCAAGUACAAAUUUAGUCGGUACUAAUGCUCAUCCAAGGCCUUUACUCAGCGCAGUUUCACACAGGCCGGCCGGCGUUACGGGUGUGUCAACUUCUUACAUUCUGAGAAGAAAUGGUACUGCUUGAAGAUAAACAACACUUUCAUGGCAGGUGGCCCUUCU